AAAAAGAAAGGCGGAAGCGGAAGUUGGGGGGCGCGUCAGCUCCGAAAGAGGGAGCGACUGCAGCGUCGGUCCGGAGUGGGGUCGCCAUGGGGCGAGGCAGCGGCACCUUCGAGCGUCUCCUAGACAAAGCCACCAGCCAGCUUCUAUUGGAGACAGACUGGGAGUCCAUUCUACAGAUCUGCGACCUGAUCCGUCAGGGGGACACCCAAGCAAAAUAUGCUGUAAACUCCAUCAAGAAGAAGGUCAACGAUAAGAACCCCCAUGUGGCUUUGUACGCUCUGGAGGUGAUGGAGUCUGUGGUAAAGAACUGUGGCCAGACAGUCCAUGAUGAAGUGGCCAACAAACAGACCAUGGAAGAACUGAAGGAGCUGCUGAAGAGGCAAGUGGAAGUUAAUGUUCGGAACAAGAUCUUGUACCUGAUCCAGGCCUGGGCACAUGCCUUCCGGAACGAACCCAAGUACAAGGUGGUCCAGGACACAUACCAGAUCAUGAAGGUGGAAGGACAUGUCUUCCCUGAAUUUAAGGAAAGCGAUGCCAUGUUUGCUGCUGAAAGAGCCCCUGACUGGGUGGAUGCUGAGGAGUGCCAUCGGUGCAGAGUACAGUUUGGGGUGGUGACCCGCAAGCAUCACUGCAGAGCAUGUGGGCAGAUCUUCUGUGGCAAGUGCUCCUCCAAGUACUCCACCAUCCCCAAGUUCGGCAUUGAGAAGGAGGUGCGCGUGUGUGAGCCCUGCUAUGAGCAGCUGAACAAGAAGGCAGAAGGGAAGGCUUCCUCUACCACUGAGUUGCCCCCAGAGUACCUGACCAGCCCCCUGUCACAGCAGUCUCAGCUGCCCCCAAAGCGGGAUGAGACAGCCCUGCAGGAAGAGGAGGAGCUACAGCUGGCUCUGGCCCUAUCACAGUCAGAGGCUGAGGAGAAAGAGAGGAUGAGACAGAAAACAACAUAUACAGCACAUCCAAAGGCAGAGCCUACACCCUUGGCUUCCUCUGCGCCCCCAGCUGGCAGCCUGUAUUCCUCGCCUGUGAACUCAUCAGCGCCUCUGGCUGAGGACAUCGACCCUGAGCUUGCAAGAUACCUCAACCGGAACUACUGGGAAAAGAAACAGGAAGAAGUGCGGAAGAGCCCCACGCCUUCUGCGCCUGUGCCCCUGACAGAGCCAGCGGCCCAGCCUGGAGAAGCACAUACAGCCCCCAACAGCAUGGCAGAGGCUCCUCUUCCGGAGACAGACUCUCAGCCCAUAACUCCCUGCAGCGGCCCCUUUAGUGAGCAGUACCAGAAUGGGGAGUCAGAGGAGAGCCACGAGCAGUUCCUCAAGGCCCUGCAGAAUGCAGUCAGCACUUUCGUCAACCGCAUGAAGAGCAACCACAUGCGGGGCCGCAGCAUUACCAACGACUCAGCUGUGCUGUCACUCUUCCAGUCCAUCAACAGCAUGCACCCGCAGCUGCUCGAGCUGCUCAACCAGCUGGAUGAGCGCAGGCUGUACUACGAGGGGCUUCAGGACAAGCUGGCACAGAUACGUGACGCCCGAGGGGCUCUGAGCGCCUUGCGUGAAGAGCACAGGGAGAAGCUGCGCCGGGCAGCUGAGGAGGCUGAGCGUCAACGUCAGAUCCAGCUGGCACAGAAGCUGGAGAUCAUGAGACAGAAGAAGCAGGAGUACCUGGAGGUGCAGAGACAGCUAGCUAUCCAGCGCCUGCAGGAACAGGAGAAGGAACGGCAGAUGCGCCUAGAGCAACAGAAGCAGACCGUCCAGAUGCGUGCCCAGAUGCCUGCUUUCCCCUUGCCUUAUGCUCAGCUCCAGGCUAUGCCCACAGCUGGGGGUGUACUCUACCAGCCCUCAGGCCCAGCCAGCUUCCCUGCCACCUUCAGCCCAGCAGGCUCAGUAGAGGGCUCUCCGAUGCAUGGUGUGUAUAUGAGCCAGCCAGCCCCAGCCACUGGCCCCUACCCCAGCAUGCCUGGCACCACAGCAGAUCCCAGCAUGGUCAGCGCCUACAUGUACCCAACAGGUGCCCCUGGGGCACAGGCAGCCCCUCAGGCCCAGGCCGGGCCCACCACCAGCCCUGCCUACUCCUCCUACCAGCCCACGCCAACCCCAGGCUACCAGAGCGUGGCUUCUCAGGCCCCACAGAGUCUCCCAGCCAUCUCGCAGCCUCCACAGACCAGCAACAUAGGCUACAUGGGGAGCCAGCCGAUGUCCAUGGGCUACCAGCCGUACAAUAUGCAGAAUCUCAUGACCGCCCUUCCCGGCCAGGACGCGUCUCUGCCGGCCCAGCAACCUUACAUCCCAGGGCAGCAGCCUCUGUACCAGCAGAUGGCCCCCAGCACCGGCCCUCCCCAGCAGCAGCCCCCUGUGGCCCAGCCAGCACCUACACAGGGACCGCCAGCACAGGGCAGUGAGGCCCAGCUCAUCUCCUUCGACUGACCCUGAGUCUGGCGCUCACCAUGCAGAGUAACACUACAGUUCACCAGAAACCACUUAUGUCUAACUAGCCGUUCCUCCCCUAUCACUGCCCUGUAGUGUCCCUUCUGUGAGCAAGGGGUCGGCCUUCACCCUUGGCCCUCUUCCCUGUCCUCAGUGGUCUGGCUCCUGUCACUGGUUCCCUGCUUUGGUCCUGAUGCCGUCUGACCUACCCGGGCUGGGGCUCAGCAGGGCAAGUAGAACCUUCUCUGGAGAGUGCCCAGCUGGGGCCUGCCACAGGAGAAUGCUGUGGGGAUGCUUAGCCUGGCCCGGAGUCUGAUGUGAACUAACUGUGUGGUGUCCAGGCAUGGCCCUGGUACCCAGAAGAACCAAGAGGCUCCUGCACAGCCAGGGUAGGAGCUUUAGGCAUCUCUGUCUCCCCUACUCCUUGGAUGUCAUCUCUCCAGUGCAGAGCAUCAAAAAUAAAAUGUAUUUCAAAACUCUCAUGAUUGAGUGU